UUUGUCUCAAUGGGCAAAGGCUAAAAGCAGCGUCCGCUGCUGGGCAAGCUGAACUGGAGGGCGGGGUCAGUCUGAGCUGCCUUGGAAACCGCGGGGCUGCGACUAGGCUACCCCUCGCUGGGCAGCCUUGCAAAGCAGCUUGCUGGGUUGGGCAAGUCCCAGUUCGCUCAGAGGCUAAGGCGCCAUCCUUUUUCUCUGCAGAGCCUCAAAGGGCAAGAGACAAAACAGUAAUCCCGACGCCUGAGCAUCCAUCUUCUGCCCAUCUGCUAAGGCCAGUCUAGACUCACUGAGCACCUGGAUCUGUGAACCCUGUUGACCCAGACUGACCCUACCGGAACUCUCACCGAGGGCACCUGUUGCAGAGGCUGGACUUGAAAUCAAAGAGCAGAGACUAGUUGCUGAGCUCUUUCAUCACCAAAACACAAGGAAGCCACAGUCCAGGAACCUUUCCUUGGAUACUUCUGAAGAUUACACUUUGUUGUUGUUGGUAAAAAUCCUGAGCAUCUUGUAUUCAGAUACCCAGUUAUUGUCAGACAUGGCUAACAUCUUUGCUGAACUGGGUAACAGACGUCGGCAGAACAUAGCUUUCCUGCCUUUGGCCCAUUCUAUGAUGAGGGCCCUGGGGAGGAGUCUUGGUUCUUUGAUAGCCAAUAUGGCAGAGAGAAAUGUGAGGUUGUUCUCUGGGAGGGCAGUGCCAGCCUACGGGGAGGAAACCUUUGAAAAUUGGCUGAGUCAAGUCAAUGCAGUCCUGCCAGAUUGGAAUGUGUCUGAGGAGGAAAAGAUCAAGCGCUUGAUGAGAACCCUUAGGGGUCCUGCCAGGGAGGUCACGCGUUUGCUCCAGGCUGCCAAUCCCAGUCUAAACGUGGCAGAAUUUUUGCGGGCAAUGAAAUUGGUGUUUGGGGAGUCUGAGAGCAGUGUAACAGCCCAUGGUAAAUUUUUUAACACCCUGCAGGCACAGGGGGAGAAAAUCUCCCUUUAUGUGAUCCGUUUAGAGGUGCAGCUGCAGAAUGCUAUUCAGGCAGGAGUCUUUGAUGAGAAAGAGGCCAACAGGACUCGCCUUCAUCAGCUCCUUGUAGGUGCUGAGCUGAGUAGUGACCUUCGAAGCAAGCUUAAGGGCCUUCUCCAAAUGCAUGUGGAUGAGCAGGAAGGCCUUCCAGAUUUCCUGGAGUUAAUCAGGAUGGUAAGGGAGGAAGAAGACUGGGAUGACACUUUUCUUAAACAUAAGCGCCCCAGAAGAGCUGAGACAAUCAUGGAGAGGGCACCCAGCCCUGUAGAAUUUCAGGGCUCCCUGCCUAUAGUGAUAGACAAUGCUGACUGCAAUGUGAUAGAGAUAGAUGACUCCCCUGAUGACUCAGAUGAGGAUGUGAUUAUCGUGGAGUCUGGAGACCCUCCACUGCCAUCCUCAACUGCUCUAUGCCCCAUUGGCAGGGCCACUGUUGAAGAGCAAAUGCUGAUCAUUGAGUCCCCCAGCGAUUUCGAGGUUGAGUGUCCUUCCACUAGCAAUGGUUCUGGGCCUGACAAUAAUGGGCCUGGGGAUCUACAUAGAAACAGAAAGCGAAAGUACACAAUUUACUGUUCCCAUUGUGGCAAGGAGGGCCACGAAAAAGAAACCUGUGACAAUGCCGGCAAUAAUGCUGAGGACUUUGAGAAUCUGACAGUCACUCUGCAGGAGCUGACUCAUAUGGAGAGUUCAAAACUCUCUGGGUCAGAGUAAUAUGCUAGACUCAGCCCUGAAUCAACCAAUAACUAUUCACAGGCUGAUUCUGGGGAAAACAGGGAUGGGGUACGCUUCUAACUGCAAGAAUUACUCUAAAACCAGUUUUCCAUGGGAAGAAAAAUAAGUCUUAAAUGCUAGCACAAUGGAGAGGGAUGGCUCCACAUCAUUCCUUGUUCAUUCCUUUGACUGCCUAAUGGUCGUUUCUCUGUGCAUCUUUCUCUGGUGACUUUAAUCAUGGUCUCUUUCUCAACCUUCCAAGAGAAAUGUAACUAAAGUAUAAAUUACCUAAAAAUCUCACCCUGAUGCAAUCAUUGUCAGCCCUUUGGUGAAUGUCCUUAUAAAAUUUCUCUGUACCUGUGUGCCUAGACAGAUAUAUGUGUAGAUAAAAGUAAUCACACAUAAGUGCUGUUCUAUACUAUGUAUUUUUUCAUCAAUCAAUAUCUCUUGUGGACUUCUAAAUAAAUGAAUAUAUA